GUCUGCUUAUUGCAUUUUUACUUUGUAGUUUCAUCAUCAUGCAAAUAGUUAGGACCAGCGUGUGAAGGAUUUAUCAACUGUUGAUAAAAUUGUGAAUACAACGAAGUGAAAAACAACCCUCCUCACAUACCUUCAAACGGUUUACAGCCUGAUGUAAUCCGUCUUUGUAAAUAAAAUUUCAAAGCGUCUUAUUUGAAUCUGAAAAUAUGACAGCCACUGGGAAACCACGUCGGGCAUCUGCCAAAGCCUGUCUCCGGACAAUUUGUGGAAUAACAAGUCGUCAAAUCUCUGAUGAUAGUUCUAUUUCUGAAAAUAUUGAAAGUGAAGCCUCCGAUUAUGUUGGUGAAAGUGGAAACAAUAGUGCCACUACAGAUGAGAGUGUUUCUAUUAGUGAAAAUGAAGCUGAAGGAUCAUAUGACCCAGGAAAUCCAUCAUCAAGUUCGUCCUCUACAAGGUCUCUUGUUAGGGAAUCUCGUAGGCCAUUACCAAGCAAAACUUGUAUUUCUGCUGUAAAUGAUAAAAGCUAUUUGCGGUCUCCUUUUGUAAGAUACAUGAGAUCUUGCCGAGGUCUCAUAGACCGAGACCCCAGGUCCGUAGCUCCUGCAAAGUUUCUACAGGCACUAAAAGCACUAAAAUCCACAUUCUAUAAUAUACCCAAUCCAUUUUUGUGUUGCCCCAGUGGAUAUAAAACACAAUUCAUGUGUCGACAGAAGGCUCUAUUUCCAACUUCGGGAGCUUGGAUUCGAUCACCCAUUCAUUUCAAAAAGGAUCAUCUUCCACAGCCUUUUAUCAGUCCUACCUAUCUGUCCUAUGAAAAUAAUCCAAUGAAACUUAAACAAUUCGAAUUUGAUAAGGAUUCAAAUUUAGUUUAUGUUGGAGGGGCAGUAACCUGUUUGUCCUGGUGUCCUCCACGUCUUUAUUCGCUACUGGAUUCUGAUUCGAUUGCAAAUGAGUGCUCAUUUUUGGCUACUGCCUCCACUUUAACACCAGACUUACAGACGUUAUAUUCUGAUGGUAUAAAGAGUGGUCCAGGAACAAUACAAAUUUGGAAUUGUGGGGUUCUAGGUCUAACAGAAACAUCCAGUACAUUGAAUCCUGAAAUUCAUUUUAUUAUUUCACAUGAUUGGGGUCGAAUUAUUGAUAUGUGCUGGGUACCAGUUUCUCCACUUUCUGGUAUUAAACAAUUACAGUCAAAAGCUUGUCUACAUGGAUCAUAUAUGGUAACUACUCCAGAAACGGAUAGAAUUCUUGGUCACUUAAUUGUCGCUUCUCAGGAUGGUUAUGUUCGUGUUUUUUCCAUACCAACUUGUCCAAUGAAUUUUGGUUGUGAAAAUUUAUCUGUGUCCAAAUUUACCUAUACACUUUCAAAGAACUGUUCUCUCACGUUAUCGCCUUCUGUUGUAGCAGAAAAUCCUCAUUGGCUUGGUUGGCCAACUUGUUUGCAUAUUCGUCGUGAAUUCCCAGAUCGUCUUUUUGUUGGGUAUACAACAGGUCAUGUAUGCUAUUAUAAUUUGAGUAGCCUCAAUGAAUUGGUCUAUUCAUCUAAGUUUAAUCAUUUAGCGCCAGUGAAAAUGUCACGUUUAACAAGUAGUCCAGUUAUUACAAUAUCUCUUCAUCCUUUAAAUGGAAAAAUGUUAUUUGUACAAGGCUUGGAACGUAUUGCUGGUAUAUGGGAUUUGAAUGAUUCGGUAUGUUUCACUUCAGAAUCAGGUGAAAUCAGUUGGAAUCCAGUGCAUGGUUUUAUGGGACGUGAAGGAAUGUGGAUUAGUAAUGGUGAAUUUUUAGUUACUUCACGUGAAACAUGGUUUACUUCAGCAGUGUGUAAAAGUAAUCAGCAUCCUAAAUGGGCGGCGUUAUUUGAUAAUAUGGAUAAUUGUGUAUGUCAGUUUUACCAGCUGAACCAAAUGAUGGUUGUAGUCAUGUAUACCACUUGGAAUUCAAUCACUUACGAGUAUGGAUUUCAGUGAUUUCCUCAAUGGACUUGUUUGUAGUACUGAUAGGGGACGUAUUGAAGCAGUUGCAGAAUCUGUAGAAAAACGAAGAUGUGAUCCAGCACGUCCAAAAUAUAUUCCUGAGAUGAGGAUACCAUUAUGUCAAUGGACAAUGAAGAAGGCACCAAUUGAAAAUUUUAAUCAAAGUGUAAAAAAUGAAUCGAAAUUAGAAGUAAAAGAAGAAGAUGAAGAUGAUUUCAAUAAGUACAACUAUGACAUUAUAGAUAUAAAUGCCUUCUUGAAGAAUAAUGGAUUCAAUGAUAUAUCGAUAAAUAUUACUGAUAAUCAUGAUACUAUCAAUACUGAUAUUAUCACUAGAACUAUCAAAUCGGAAGUGAAUACAUCUAAAGAAUUCGAUGAUAUGAAAUUUCAACAGUCAAUCUUCUCAUCAUCAUCUAAUUGUCGAUAUUGUGAAUUGGAACACUCUAUAUGUUGUCAUAAAGUCUGGUCAAAUUAUCAAUUAGACAUUUUAUUGAAGGUAAUUACAAUAUUCGAUUUGGAAGUUUAUGGGCAUUUAGUGGUUUUUCAAAUUGGUAUUCAUCAUGAACUGACAUCAGUUGGAGAAACAUUGGAAACCUUGAAGCACUGGACAGCUAUUUUGCCUGACUAAUAUAGGUCUCCUCAACAGUUCUCAUCCAUCACCCCACACUACUAGAAAUCGAACCCGGAGCCUUCAGGUUCCAUGACCAACAUGUUACCAUUGAGCCAGUGGUUCAGUAUCCUACUUCUGUCAGCUCAUCGUAUAGUACGAUCAUCACCCCCCAAUAUCAUCCUUGUGUAGUUAUCUCCACGUCCACCAAGUUCGCUCACCGAUCAGGACUUCUCAUUGGAAGUUCGGGAAUCACCUCCAGAAGUUAGUCACCAAUGAGUACUAGAUUCAUAAUAAAACAAUUCGAAAGGCUGCAAUAGGAGUAUGUAUAUACUUAUAUUUUGUUGUUAUUGCGCCGAGAAUUCCAAAUCUUACCACAAAUGUUUUGGAAUAAAGUGAAUUAUUAUUAUUGUAGGGAUUUAGUGAUUUUCCAACUUCGUAUUCAUUAAGAACUGACAUCAGUUGGAGAAAUACUGGGAACCUAGGAGUAGGGGAUCAUUACUGCGCGUUGCUGAGGUGUCCCAUACUGGAAAGAAACAGUUAUCUAGUGCUGCAGGGUUUUCAAUAUUUCAUCAACUGAUAUCAGUCUAUGAUGAAUACUAACUUGAAAUUACAAUAUUACUGUAACUAUUGUACACCUGUUAUAAGUCUUUCUGUUACGAAUAAUCAUCUAUCAUGCUAAAGUUUUCUUUGUCCCCCCCCCCACCCUCACGUCACACACACACACACAUACACGCUCGCGUGCAAACGUGCAUCAUAUAUUCCAAACUUAACAAGUAAUCAAUAAAUGAUACUUAGUAUUCGUUCUUAUUUCUGAUUGGUUUGAAUAACGUUUAAUUGAUUGACCUAUCAGUGUGCAUAUUUCUACUUUUUUUUUUGUUGUCAGAUAUUUAUUAUAUGAAUAAUUUCAAUCAUUGCUUGAUAUGUAUAUGUGUAGGUGUAAAUAAAGUGUAUAAAAAAAGGGCUGAUGUAAAUCAAUGACAUCAUAGUUAUUAUCAUAUAACUAUUCACUUCAAAGAAACAAAGAUAUAUUUAUUGAUUUUUCAUGAUGUUUUUUUAGUUAUCACUUUUCAUUUUCGAUAAGCACUUGUUCUAUUAUGAAUGUAUUAUUAACAUAUUCACUUCUGUUCUUAUUGAUAUUUCAUUCUGUAAUUGAACGGAGAAAGUCUGUGAAUACCAAUAUUCUAUAUUAAUUUACCUGAUAUAUAUGUC